GCGCUCCUUUUCGGAGUCUUUCUCUGCGUCUCCUUUCUUUCUGGGGAGCUUCCUUCUUCCCAGACUCCCCUUUUCCCCUGCAAUUUUCCAAUCUUUGAAUGUUUAUUAUAGAUCUUGUAUCUCUGAAUAGAGUGGCUUAUUGGAAUCCUUCGUUGAGCUUUUCUGAUUAUCUCUUAUGGCGAUACGGUUCACAGUCGCGUACUAUGGCUAUGUUGCUCAAAACCUUGCUUCCUCCGCCUCCUCGAAGUUGGCCGGAUGCCGGUUUCUCCACGAGUUCUGCUCUGGCGGUUCUCAGUUGUUUCAGACCCCCGAUUCUACAGACUCUCGCAGCUUCCUGCGGCCCAAUCGCGGGGGAAAUCCCGUCAGCGACUUCACCUCGCAGAUUCCGUCUCGUUUCUUCUCUUCUUCAACUUCGGCCCUCUCUACGCUUGCUUCCGACGCUCUUGGCGGGAGAUUGGAGUCCCCGCUGGUUUCUGGUUUGAUUUCUCUGAUCAAUUCGUCUUCCUCCUCUGUUGUCCCGGCUGCUGCCUGUGCGUCUGGAAUCUCUCCGUUAAGACGCGCGUCAAUUGUUCCAUUCCUCCAUGGCUCGAAGUGGCUUCCCUGCAAUGAAGUGGGGUCUCAGCUGGGCAAUGGAGGCGCCCUUACCGAGAAGAAGAAAGAUUUGAGUUUAUCAGAUGCUAUUGCAGACAGUUCCAAGGGGACAUGGCUGUCCAAGAUUACUAGUAUUAGCUCAGAUGAUGCAAAAGCGGCCUUCACGGCUUUCAGCAUCCGGUUGCUCUUUAAGUCUCCUUUGGCAGAACCAAGGUCUAUUCCUUCAACAUCCAUGUACCCUACUUUGGAUGUGGGUGAUAGAAUUAUGGCAGAGAAGGUGUCAUAUAUAUUUAGAAAGCCCAUGAUUUCUGAAAUUGUGAUUUUUAAAGCUCCUCCCGUUCUCCAGGCUAUCGGUUUUAGUUCUGGAGAUGUAUUCAUAAAAAGAGUUGUGGCAACAGCUGGUGAUUACGUGGAAGUGCGGGACGGUAAACUGUAUGUAAAUGACAUUCCUGAAGAUGAGGAGUUCAUAUUGGAGCCUCUUGGUUAUGAAAUGGAUAGACUGCUUGUUCCUGAUGGAUAUGUCUUUGUGAUGGGGGACAACCGUAAUAACAGCUUUGACUCCCACAACUGGGGCCCACUCCCUAUUAAAAACAUUGUGGGUCGAUCAAUUUUCAGAUACUGGCCUCCCUCGAGAGCAUCCGACACUCUGGACAGCCCACGAUUGGAGAUGAAAGCCCUUCCCGAUUCUUGACUGACAAUUUGUGAAUACCGAGGUCUUCUUCUGUUGUUUAGUUUUUUUAGUAGUGUUUUCUUUUGUGGAGUCGUGACAAUAGAGCCAACUAUUGAUGGCGUCCAAAUCGGUUGGUAAGCUUUUGAAUUUGCUGGGUAGCACAAGCGGCACGGAAAACAUGUCUGCCUUCGGACAAGAGUAUAUCAAAUUGUUGGUUUAGUUAGGCCGAUGUUCUUGCAAAUAAAUUGUGACAAGUGUAUUCAUCAUCAUAUAUUGAGUGUAUUUUUUAUAUCAAAUGAUGUUUUGAAGAUUGAAUAUGAAGAAGCAGAUUGGUGUGAUCCCUCACAAGGUUCAUAACAGGUUCAACUACAACAUUGGUUAUGUUGCAUAUUC